CAAGUAGAUUUCACUCCAUUUCUGAACCGCCAAUUUUUUCAAGGAAAAGUUGAGACACUUGAUUGAAUUUGAAACACCCACCACACUGACUAAACGCCAUGAGACUCACAGCCACGAACUCCCUUCCCUUCCACCCGUGUCCAUGGCCACCACAACCCUCCUUCUUCCCACACCCUUCAAACCCCAAAGCCCUAAUUCAAAACUCUCCGUCCCUCGUUGCUACUCUCACCCAAGGUUCACCUGCUCUUCCGUCACCGCCCAAUCCCAAUCAGCCAGGGAGCGCCUUCUCGUCCUAAUCUCCGACCAGGACCGCGGCCUCAGGACGCAGACUGACCCUGCGAGGCGUGCCGCCAUCGUCGAAGCCAUCGACGCAAUGGCCGAACUUGGCGCCGGAACUGUGACCACUGACGACUCACUCUCCGGCACGUGGAGGCUGCUUUGGACCACCGAGAAAGAGCAGCUUUUCAUCAUCGAGAAAGCUCCCCUGUUCGGAACACGUGCCGGCGACGUGUUGCAAGUCAUCGAUGUCCAACAGAAAACCCUCAAUAACGUCAUCACUUUCCCUCCCGAUGGGGUUUUCUUCGUCCGUUCCGGGAUUGAGAUUGCGUCGCCACAGAGAGUCAAUUUCAGAUUUACUAGUGCAGUAUUACGUGGGAAGAAUUGGGAAAUACCGUUGCCGCCAUUUGGACAGGGUUGGUAGGUUUGAUACUGUUUACCUUGAUCGUGACCUUCGAGUUGCGAAGGAUAUCCGGGGAGACUAUUUAGUUGUAGACCGGGCUUCAUAUAAUUGGAAAGAAUGAAAGGAGGAGUCUUCACUCAUUGUAUGUGCAUAUUCAUUCAAGAAUACUUCUUACUCAACCAGUUGUGCUACCUACAAGUUUCAGCUUGAUAGACUUUGUUGAAACGUUUCAAUUUCAGAAAAAGUUGACAAUCAUAAUGCAAUACAUUCUCAUGCUA